UUCCCCGCCUACCGCCGCCUGGUCCGGCCGCCACCCGCGGGCUGCUCGGCCCGGGCUGGGCACGGCACGGCGCGGAGGGUCCCCGGCCCUGCCCGGCCCUGCCCGGCCCUGCCGAGCCCCGGGCCCCGCGCCCUGCGGCCCCCCGCGGGCCAUGGCGGCCAUCCAGAACCUGCAGCUGUGGUGCCGGCAGCAGUGCGAGGGCUACCGCGAUGUCAGCAUCACCAACAUGACCACCUCGUUCCGCGACGGCCUCGCCUUCUGCGCCAUCCUGCACCGACACCGCCCCGACCUCAUAAACUUCGACUCCCUCAGAAAAGAAAAUGUGUACGAGAACAACAAGUUGGCAUUUCGGGUGGCAGAGGAGGAGCUGGGGAUCCCAGCCUUGCUGGAUGCAGAGGAUAUGGUUGCUCUGAAGGUACCAGACAGGCUGAGCAUCCUCACCUACGUUUCCCAGUAUUAUAACUACUUCCAUGGACGGUCUCCUAUUGGAGGCAUGGCUGGCAUCAAGCGUCCUCCCUCUGAAUCUCCAGAGCAGCAUCCUGGGAAGAAAUCUGCUCCAGAGCCUCCUAAGCCAGUGCCACCAAAACUGCCUGCUGCCCACCCACCAGCCAGAGCUAAGCCAAAGGAAACCUCCCCAGUUACCACGAAGAGGGUCCUGGCAGAGAGUGGGAAUGUCCCCAGCAGCAGCUGUGGGGUCUGUGGCAAACACGUGCACCUGGUGCAGCGCUACUUGGUCGAUGGGAAGCUCUACCACAGGAACUGCUUCAGGUGCAGGCAGUGUUGGAACUUGCUUCUUCCUGGAAGCUACAAAGCUGGGCCUGAGCCCGGAACGUUCAUCUGUACCAGCCACCAGCAGCCAGACAGUGUCCAGAUCUCUGGUCUCCACAGUACUGGGAAAAAGCCUGACAGUACCCCAGCCCCUGCUGCUGCCAGGGUGUUCCAGAAAGCAGCAGAACCCAAGAAACCAGAGCAGGUGUUGAAGAAACCCAGCCAGGAGGGCCUCACUAAUUCAACCAAGCCAUCUGUUUCAUCUUCUGGAAGCUCUGGCUUCAAAAGUGUAAAUACUCCAUGGUCCUCCUCAGCUGUAAAUAAAUCAGAUGACUGCAAAGGUGCCUCGUUGGGGAAUAAAACAGAUCCCCAUGAAGGCACCCCAUCAAAGCCUCCUUGGACAUCCUCCACAACAAAGACACAGCAAGCCCGAGAAAACUUUUUUCGCUCUUUUGAAUCCUCCAGCAAUAAAUCUUCUGAGACUCAAAAACAAGUCCAGUCUCCUCAUGGCCCUGAUAAAAGUGCCCCUGCCAGAACCACUGCAGAGGUCAGUCGAGUGAAUGCUGGGAAGGAUCAGGCACGUAACCAUAUUAUACAGGCCCUGUCUGCAUCAGGCACUUCUCCAAGCAGGCCAGGAGGACUCAGUGCCACUGGCUCCUCAGCACCUGGCAGUGGCAAGUUUUCUCCCACCAGUUCUCAGAGUCCAGGUCCAAAAACACAGUCCAGCAAAACAGGGUACCCAGCACCAAAGCAGGACAAGAUUACAGACCCUGUGCCCAAGAGCCAGGCUGCCAGCAAACCUGUUGACUCUUUGCACAAGCCAGAGUCAAAAGGCACCAAAGGAAGCACAAAUGUUGCUGACAACAAGUCUGAGAGCCCAGAAGGGUGGAGAUCUCGCUUGAAGCCUGUGGCCAACAAGGACCAAGAUGGCUCUAAGAAACCUACUGAUAACUCCCAGGUGGCAACAGGGAGCCCAGCACACAAGGAGCCAAAGCCAAGCCCAUUAGUUGUCCCACCAGCAAAGCAGGACUCUGCUUCAUCUGGUGGAUUCACAAAGAAGUUGUUGAUUCCCAGCUCGGAUCUUAUCAGGAGCUGUCAGAAUUCAAAGCAAGACUGGAAAGACCCUGGAGGGUCUGCCAAGAAGGAAGAAGAUGGCAACCAGUUGAAAACAAGCACUGCUACAUUUAAAGUCACUGUUCCAAAAAGCAAAGGGAAGCUUCAAGUGGUGUCCCCAACCAAGCUGCACCCAGACUACCUCCCUGAGGAGAAAAUUCAGGAGAAGGUUUGUGAGAUCGAGAAGCAGCUGGACGAGCUGGAGCUGAAAGGAGUGGAUCUGGAGAAGCAGCUGCGUGCCUGCGAGGGAGAUGAGUCUGAGGAUGCUCUUAUGGUGGAUUGGUUCAAACUGAUCCAUGAGAAACAGCUGCUGCUCAGACAGGAAUCAGAGCUGAUGUACAAGAUGAAACAGCAGAACCUGGAGGAGCAGCAGUGGAAUAUUGAGAUGAAGCUGCGAAGCCUCAUGAACAAACCAGAGGAACUGAAGACUGCCAGGGAGAAGGAGCAAGAGAAGGAGCUGCUGGAGUCGUACCUGAACACGGUCAAUGACCGGAAUAACAUUGUGGAUUGCCUGGGUGAGGACAGGCUCAGAGAGAAAGAAGAAGACCAGAUGUUGGCAGACAUGAUACAGAGGUUGGAUGGAUCUCUUGAGAGCCAGGAGCCAGAGAGGAAGAAGAACAAGUUCCGCUUGUCCAAAAUAUGGAAGCAGAAAAAGCAAGAGUAAAGCUCAGGAGCUUGAUGUUCCUUUUCCCAGUGGUCCAGAGAGACCCAUCAAAGGUGUGGUCCUUCCUCAGUGCUGCUUUCUUGGAGCUGUGCAGGACUGUGAGAGGCCCCAAGAGGCCUAUCAAAGGUGUGGUCCUUCCUGAGUGCUGCUUUCCUGGAGCCUCUGGACUGUGAGAGGCUCCUGUGCUCCCUGAUGUGGAGACUGCAGGUUUGCUGAGCAAAGGGACAGUGUGAAUCCCCUCUGGCCCUGGUAUGGGGCCCAGGGAUACCUUUCCCAGCACAUGGACUUUAAGACUGUUUUCCUUCUUUGCCUCUGGGUCAGAGCUGGGUCAGCCUUGUUGGAGCUCGGGAGGGCAGAGCUCAGGUCAGUGCAGUCCUGCAAGCAGGAGCUGGCCCUGCAUGGUGUCCCCUACCUGUCCCAGGGCUGCACCCAGGACACUGCUCUGGGCUGUGGAAGGGCUGUUGUCCCUCCCUUCCUCCCUCUCUGCUUGUGCUGUGGCUCUUUGGCCAGGAUCAGAGAUGCAGAGAGGGAGAUGCUACAGGGCAAGAGGGAUUGAUGGUUUCUCUCUUACCACACCAGUGCAAACUGGAGGCUCCAUGUCUGGGGGGAGCAGAGAGCAGAACCUCCUCUCUGUCUGGAGGGAUCAUCUUGGGAUGUUCUCGACCCACAGCAGUUUCAGCAAUAGUGAUUUGUUUCCAGACCUCUUUUGGAAGUUGCUGUAGGCUGAUUUCUCAAAGCCAUGAGAGGCUGCUCACUGCUUCAUUCCCUCUGUGGGGGAGAUUUGUAGCCUCCUUAUUUCUCUGACUGCUCAGUGAAGCAGUGUUUUUGUUGUCUGUGGCCUAUCCUGAUGAAAAUGAACCGAACUAUUAUUUUAAUAACCUGGUGCUAACUGGGAGCACAAGGGAAUUCAUGGGUUUGCCUCACCCCUGAGUUUUCUGCAUGGGACCAAUAUUUCAGUUCCUCAGCUCCAUCCCUGGACAGCCAGUGCCCUCAAGGGAUGUUGUGGGUCACCCUGGUGAUAGCAGGAAUUCAGAAGCUGGUUCUGGGCUGUUGCAGGGAGCCUUUCCACUCUUCCUCAGUGCAGCCAGACCCUGCCCUGGCUGCACCCUCUGUUCCCAGUCAGCCUGGGGAGCAGGGAUGGAGACAGCCGCGGAAAGAUCCGAUUAAUUCAUGGUGCCUGUGGUCUGUGUGGACCUCCUCCCUCCACGCCAGCUCCUCGAGGUUUCUCGGGGUGCUGCUCCCAGCAGGAGCAGGGAUUCUGCCGGAGGAGCUUUGCUGUGCGGCAGAGCAGAGGCGUUGCGUCCCUUUCCCACGAGGUGGCACUGGGACUCUCCGGGCAGGGAUGUGCUGGGGUGGGACCAGUGCCCGAGGGGCUUCCUGGAGCCCACAGCGGGACCGUGUAUGUGCAAGUGCUGGGAUAGCCCGAACCUGCAUAUGCUUUCGCCCAAUAAAGAAUUACUGCAGCAAUUCUCAGCAUCCAGUGU